AUGAUGCUUAUAUGCCUGCAUCAAAACUGUGACCCUGAAACCCCUGUGACAGCUGAAAGGUCAAAUGACUCUCCCCGCCCUUCCCUUCGGCCCUGCCUGCCUGUGUGCACGUGGCGGGCUGACCCCAGCGGGCAGCGAAGCCCCGCGGAGCCGCUCGGUCCCUUCACCCCACGGGACAGGAGAGAGAUGGAAGAGCAAACAGCUCACAGGAAAACGAUAGUACAUUGCCCAGCAGAUUCAAACAGCAGGAAGACAACUUUGCCAAAAAAUAAAUCUUGCCCAAACAUAUGUGCAGCAAUGAAUCUGGACAUACAUCCAAAAGAAAACAGAAGAACUAUUCCUACUAAUACCUAUCAUUUUAACAAAGAUUUGACAGUGAAGGGCAAGAGUGACUUACAAUCUUCCUCCAAGGAUUCUGAGGAGGAAGAAGGUGAUUAUGAGACUGUACGUUCUUCCACUCUGGAGGCCAUCCAUGCUUUGAGAAUCCUUCCUGCCAAACCUCUACAAGAAUCUGAAUAUGCAGAUAAACGUUGUUUAAGGCCUUCAGGUACCACUUCCCCAACGAACAGCCAGCAUACAUCUCAGCCCCCUCAAUACUCAGCUAAACACACAUCUGUUCUGGAGGGGAGGAGUGUGGCAAGUGUUAGAGGAGAAAGAAUGAAAAUACAUGGACCCCAGGAACCUGUGCCUCCCCCACGGCCUCUGAAAACGCUGCCAAAGCAGUAUCAGCCACUUCCUCCAGAGCCGAAGAUAAGCAGCCAGUUCUUUCACACGAGGAAAACGCUCAGCCAAGCUCAUACCUUUCCAAUAUCAGCAAAAGUCACAAGACAUCUAUCUGUUAAGGAGCUAAACAAAGCACCUGGAAGAGAACAAGCUACAGAUUUGGGGAAGAAACCUGAAAUAUCUUUUCGAGCACAACAGUAUAAACCAAAGCAUCAUCCUGAAGCCAGCCUUCAAUGUAUGCAGAGCUCUAAAACCGUUUGCAGCUCAGGGUCCACAUUAAAUGUAGAGAAUUUGUCAAAGAGGUCACCAUCUCCUACGCCGUACACAGCAUGCAAAAAUAAAUCAAAACAUUCACUUGUAAAACAAGAAAUGCAAUCUCUUACCCAACCCACUGAAAAGGAUUUAAACAAAUAUGAAUGGUACAUUGGAGAAUAUGAUCGCCACGAAGCAGAGAAGGCAUUGUUACAGGAAAACACUGAUGAGACAUUCUUGGUUAGAGAUUGUUCAAAGAAAUCAAACGCUGAACCGUAUGUUUUGGUUGUCUAUUAUGGAAGAAGAGUAUACAACAUUAAAGUACGUUUCCUGGAAGAGAGCAAACAAUACGCACUGGGAACAGGGCUCAGAGGAGAUGAUAAAUUUAAUUCUGUGAAAGAAAUCAUUGACUUCUACAAAUAUGUUCCCAUCACACUCAUUGACGGAAAGGAUAAGUCAGGAAUCCAGAGAGAACAAUGCUACCUUACAUAUCCAUUCAAGUUGCGCAGAAGAUGUUUUCUGCCUUAA